CUUGCUUUUUCUAAAGGGUUUUUUUUGCAUGAAUGUUGGUGGUUUGGGUUUUUCUGGGCUGAAUCUUGGUGUUUUGGAGGUUUUUAUGGUCACAGGAUGCCCGGUGAGCUCUAGAGAUGGACUUGGGCAGGAGGAACCCCCAAGCCAACGCGCUCAGCCCUUUUUUCCCCCCAGCAGGAUUUGUCCUUCCCAAAGCUUGGGCAGAUGGAGGAGGAGGCUGCGAGGAAGAUGCCGCGGGCCCCUCAGGCAGGCCCCGAGCUGAGGACGGAGAGCACGGAGGACAAAUCCCCCCGGCAGAGCCUGGUGGGAGAGGCCGUUUUGAAGGGCUCCCCGGCGCAGGAAGGCAGCGGGGAGGAAAAGGGCCGGAGAUACCCCCGGAGGAGGGGCUGCAAAGCCAGCCCAGGGAGCUGUGAGGAGGAAAGACCCGGCCUGUGCCGGGAAGGCAGCCGGAGCUCCGAGCUGAGCUCCCACCUCCUCAGCCACCAGCACAUCCACACUGGGGAACGGCCCUACACGUGUGGGGAAUGUGGGAAGAGCUUCACCCAGAAUUCCACCCUGAUCCAACACAAGCACAUUCACACUGGGGAACGACCCUACACGUGUGGGGAAUGUGGGAAGAGCUUCAGGAAGAGGUCCAAGCUCCUCAGCCACCAGCACAUCCACACUGGGGAACGGCCCUACACGUGUGGGGAAUGUGGGCAGAGCUUCAGGCAGAGCUACACCCUGAUCCAACACCAGCACAUCCACACCAAGGAACGGCCCUACACAUGCGGGGAAUGUGGGAAGAGCUUCAAGCAGAGACCUGCCCUGACCCAACACCAGCACAUCCACACCGGGGAACGGCCCUACACAUGUGGGGAAUGUGGGAAGAGCUUCACCCAGAGCUCCACUCUGAUGCGACACCAGCGCAGCCACACUGGGGAACGACCCUACACAUGUGGGGAAUGUGGGAAGGGCUUCAGGGAGAGCUCCAGGCUCAUCGAACACCUGCACAUCCACACUGGGGAACGGCCCUACACAUGUAGGGAAUGUGGGAAGGGCUUCUCCAAGAGAUCCAACCUCCACAGCCACAAGCGCAUCCACUCUGAGGAACGGCCCUACACGUGUGGGGAAUGUGGGAAGAGCUUCAAGCAGAAACGUGCCCUGACCCAACACCAGCUUUUCCACACUAAGGAACAGCCCUACACAUGUGAGGAAUGUGGGAAGAAGUUUAAGACCAGCGCAAAUCUCCUCAGGCAUGAGCAGACACACACAGGGGAAAGGCCCUUCCGCUGCACCGACUGCGGGAAGGGCUUCACCCGGAACUCCACCCUCGUCACCCACCGGCGCAUCCACACUGGGGAGAGGCCCUACAAGUGUGGGGAGUGUGGGAAGAGCUCCACCUCGAGCUCUGACUUGACCAAACACCAACGGACCCACCAGUAAGAGAAGCUCUACAAGUGCCUUGACGAAGAGCUUUGGCCGCUGCUCUCACCCCAAAUGACCCCCCUGAUGGUGAGGCAACCCUUGGAGUCCAGUGACUGUCAGUCCAUCCCUUUCUACCAGAA